AUGGCUCCUCGUGGAAAGAAAAGAGCUGCGGAUGCUGGUAAAGAAGAGGCCCCAGCUGCGAAGGGAGGCACCGACGCCGGACAGGAACCUGUGGCAGAAACUCCUACAGCUGCUCCGGCAACGAAGAAGGUCAAAUCCGCGGGAAAAGCGUCCUUUCGGGUGAAAAUCGAGCACUGGUACAAGCGCAAUGCUGACCAGCUGGCCGAGGCAUUGCGGGCGGAGUUUCCUGACGUCACCGUGGAGACCGCUGUCGGGCGCAGGAACAGCUUUGAGUGCACCGUUGUAAAGGAUGAUGGGAAGGAAAUGUUGGUGUGGACAGGGAUAAAGAAGGGUCCACCUCGUAAGCUGAAGUUCCCUGAGCCUAGUGUGGUGGUGGAGGCCAUUAACAAAGAUCUCUAAAUGCUACAAAAGUCAGGCACUUCAUGACAGACUGACUGUGACCCACGUCUGGUGCCAAUGCGCCAAUGACGGGAGCGGCAGAAAGGUUCCCCCUGGCUUCUCCCUGAUGAUCAGCUCACCAAGCCUGGCUCACCUUCACUCUGUCGUGUUCUGGACUGCUCUUUUGUACUCUGUUAUUGUGCCCAUAGUGUAGAUGUUAGCACAUAGAGCUAGUAAAAAAAAGGUAACGUUAUAUAUGUAUAUUAACAGAUCGAACUUUCUAUUUUCAUAUAUUUUGUAACCACUACUGACCAAGAGAAAGAUUUCUGUAGAUUUUCUCUAGAAAACUUUUGUAGCACCAGUCAAGAUCAUGUUACACGUUUCAUGGUUUCCUAAAUGUAAAUGUUACAUGUAUGUAGACCUAACAUGAAGUUUAGGUGAUAGACUUAAUUAAAGCUCACAAACUGCCAUAUUUACUGUGGUAAACGGUAUACAUGGAUAUGUUCACCAUGUCUCCAUGCUUGGAAGAGGUAAUAAACUUAUAUUUUGUUAU